UACAGCACCCUACUGUACUCUCCUAUUACAACAUCUUGACCAUAACAGAAACCCUUCCCUCCCCCCUUCCAUCCACCAUCCCCAUUCCCCAAACCACGGCAAGCAAUAACAAACCGAGAAAGUCAGAAAGGGUGCCCCCCCACUGCAACCCCGAUCCCAGGAUAUCACAAAAGACGGGCAAGCAAGAAAGGUCCCUGGUACCACUAUCGAGAUUUACCUCUAGCAUAUUCCCAAAGCAUGUAGACGUCAAGAUACCCACCAGCUGGCCCUUGCCUGUGCCAUAUGUAGAAAAAAGAAGGAAAGAAAGUAGCCCUCCCUCUCGCUUUUCUGCCCAGUUAGGAUCUGUGAUUUGUUCCCGGGAUGCUCUCGUUUGUUGAGUUUGAUAAGUCAUUAUCUGGCAAGACGAUAAAGUGAGAUCGUCUAACUCGCCUUUGGCUCACCCCCGAUAAUCUCUGCGUUUUCCACCCCCCGUGUAGGUUCCGGGGAUUCACCCC